GAGUUCAGAGUUAAGCACCUACGAUGGCCCGCACCUCAGUCUCGGAGAUUUCAGAGCUUUUAGCAAUGUUACGCAGAUAAAUCAUGGGAUAUUGAAAUUUAGCUCGCAAAUCCACACCCAACCACGGCGACGGUAUGAUGCAUUCUCCCUCUCUCGCCUCCUCUUCACACUACUCUCACGCUUCACACUUCUCCGCCACCCCUAUCCUCGCCGGAAAGCACCAACCCCCCGCCGCCGCCGCCAACGCCAAACCCCUUACCACCACCACUACUUUUCUCACUCUCUCCCUCGAGCCAUCCCAGGAAUCCCACAAAUCCGGCAACAUACGCCGCCCUAAAACCCCAACGACCAUAAAAAAUUCCCCUUCCAAUGCAGUCCCUCUUAAAUCCAAAAUCUCCCAAAACCCCCUUAAAGGCCUCCUGAGUCCCACGAACACGCCCACCAAUUCACGGAGUCCCACCGACAAGCUCUGGCUUUCCGGCAAGCUCUCUCCACCUCCUCCUCCUCCGCCGCCGCCUCUGUCGUCCUCGGAAGACGCGUGUGUAGAAGAUGAAGAGAGGGUUUCAGGUGAUUCAGGUUCGGAUAAUUCGGCGGAAAUUGAGUUCCGGCAAGAGGGAAAACUUUUCGUCGGCAAUCUUCCCUUGUGGAUUAAAAAGAACCAAGUUGCCGAUUUUUUUCGGCAGUUUGGGCCGAUCAAGAAUGUGAUUCUUAUAAAGGGUCAUGAUGAUACUGAGAAGAAUGUUGGGUUUGGGUUUGUUAUAUAUGGGGGUCCGACGGCUGCGAAAUCGGCGAUGAAGGCUCUGGAGUUUGAUGGAAUUGAGUUUCAUGGAAGGGUUUUGACAGUGAAGCUGGAUGACGGGAGGAGGCUGAAGGUGAGGUCAGAGGAGAGGGCGAGGUGGGUGGAGGGCUGUGAUGAGGUGGAGUAUCGGUCCAAGUGGCAUGAGGAGAGGGAGAACUACAGGAAGGAGUUUCGGAAGGUUCUUGAAACUCACCCAGAGAAAUGGCAGGCUGUUGUCCAAGCUUUUGAGAGAAUAAAGAAGCCUUCCAGAAGAGAGUUCGGGUUGAUGGUAAAUUAUUAUGCAAGGCGUGGAGAUAUGCAUCGUGCCCGUGAAGCUUUUGAGAGCAUGCGAGCAAGAGGAAUAGAGCCAAACUCACAUGUGUUUACAAACCUCAUUCACGCUUAUGCAGUUGGUAGAGACAUGGAAGAAGCAUUAUCAUGCGUGAGGAAAAUGAAGGAAGAAAGCAUUGAACUGACUUUGGUGACUUACAGUAUUCUUGUGGGGGGGUUUGCCAAAAUUGGCAAUGCUGAAGCUGCAGAUCGAUGGUUUGAGGAGGCUAAAGAGAGACACACAACAUUAAAUGCGAUCAUAUAUGGGAACAUAAUAUAUGCUCAUUGUCAAACAUGUAAUAUGGAUCGAGCCGAAGCUUUGGUGAGGGAAAUGGAAGAAGAAGGUAUUGGUGCUCCUAUUGACAUAUAUCACACCAUGAUGGAUGGUUACACAAUCAUUGGAAAUGAAGAUAAAUGCCUGAUUGUCUUUGACAGACUAAAGGAAUGUGGCCUUACUCCUUCGGUAAUCACAUAUGGAUGUCUCAUUAAUCUUUAUACCAAGAUUGGAAAAGUUUCCAAAGCCUUGGAGGUCAGCAAAAUGAUGAAGUUGGCUGGCAUAAAACAUAACAUGAAGACCUACUCCAUGUUGAUCAACGGAUUUUUAAGAUUAAAAGACUGGACAAAUGCUUUUGCAAUUUUUGAAGAUGUGGUUAAAGAUGGUUUGAAACCUGAUGUUGUGCUUUAUAAUAACAUUAUCCAAGCAUUCUGUGGGAUGGGCAAUAUGGAUCGUGCUAUUUCUACUGUCAAGAAAAUGCAAAGGGAGAGACAUAGGCCUACAUCACGGACAUUUAUGCCUAUUAUUCAUGGUUUUGCAAGAGCUGGAGAUAUGCGAAAUGCCCUAGAAAUUUUCAAUAUGAUGAGGAGGAGUGGAUGCAUUCCUACUGUGCACACUUUCAAUGCUCUUAUUCUAGGCCUAGUUGAAAAGCGUCAGAUGGAAAAGGCUGUUGAAAUAUUAGAUGAGAUGUCACUGGCGGGUAUAAGUCCUAAUGAGCAUACAUAUACAACCAUCAUGCAUGGUUAUGCAUCAUUGGGUGAUACUGGAAAAGCAUUUGAGUACUUUACUAAAUUAAAAAAUGAAGGAAUGAACCUUGAUGUCUUUAUAUAUGAGGCAUUGCUCAAGGCUUGUUGCAAGUCAGGCAGGAUGCAAAGUGCUUUAGCAGUCACAAGGGAAAUGAGUGCUCAAAAAAUUUCUAGAAACACCUUUGUCUACAACAUAUUAAUUGAUGGAUGGGCUCGAAGGGGUGAUGUUUGGGAGGCUGCUGACUUGAUGCAACAAAUGAAACGAGAAGGGGUUCAACCUGACAUCCACACAUACACAUCAUUCAUAAAUGCUUGUUGCAAGGCUGGAGACAUGUCGAGAGCAACAAAGACAAUUGCCGAAAUGGAAGCAGUUGGAGUGAAACCAAAUGUUAAAACCUAUACAACAUUAAUUCAUGGGUGGGCACGUGCAUCUCUCCCAGAAAAGGCUUUGAGAUGCUUUGAGGAAAUGAAGAAGGCAGGGUUGAAGCCGGACAAAGCUGUAUACCAUUGCUUGAUGACAUCAUUGCUAUCGAGGGCUACAUUGGCAGAAGAGUACAUUUGCUCUGGAAUUUUGUGUAUAUGUAGAGAGAUGGUAGAGUCUGAGUUAACUGUCGAUAUGGGGACUGCAGUUCAUUGGUCUAGGUGUUUACGCAAGAUAGAGAGGACAGGUGGAAAGCUCACAGAAGCCUUACAGAAGACCUUCCCCCCUGAUUGGAACUCACACAAUGCACUUCAUGCUGAUUCCAGUACUAGGGAUGGCGAUGACAAUGAUGCAUAUAAUGAUGGUGAGAUCGAUGAUGGUAGUGAAGAAGAAAAAGAAGAAGAUGACGACGACGACGAUUUUGUUCAAAGGUUAUGGCGGUGAAUCAAGUAUGUUUUAGGUGGCAGGCAUUGUGGAUAUGAUGCCUGAACUCAGAAGUAGCAAGAAAAUUAUCCUCAGUUUGAGCCUGGCCUUUGAAUAUAAAAAUUUCCUCGCUUGGCUCUGCUACUAUUUUUUUUGUUCUCUCUUUGCUCUCAAAAUGUUGUUUGUAUAAUUGUUUUCCAUUUUUACGUUAUUCUUUGGUAGCAGGAGACAGGUUUGUGCUCUAUUUUUUUUAACCCUGAGGGUCGAGGGGGUUAUUUAGGUGUGCCCUUUAGUGUAGAAAUAUUCUUUCCUUGGAAGAUUUUCCUUGUGUAUAUUGGAUCAAUGGACUUUGUGGUUUGUUUGGGUAAAUCAAACAGUGACAAUGCUGUGUAUUUAAAGUUUUGAGAGUUCGGAAAUUGUAGCUAGCAUUUUAGAAC